CAAUUGUCGUCAUCCUGCAGGAGGAGAAGCAGAAGAAAGGUCUGGCAGCGAAGCUGGAGCUGGCUAAGUUUCUGCAGGAGACGAUCGCUGAGAUGGCUCGAAGGAAUAAAGCAAAGUCGGACGAUGAGGCGCAGCGCUUCUCCACAUAUGUUCAGGAGGUUCGGGGCACAGGAGAGCAACCCCAAACGAAGGACAUUGUCCGCUUCUCCAAGCUGUUUGAGGACGAGCUGACGCUGGAGCACCUGGAGCGCCCCCAGCUGGUGGCUCUGUGCAAACUGUUGGAGCUGCAGCCUAUUGGCACCAACAACUUGCUGCGCUUUCAGCUGAUGAUGAAACUCAGAGCCAUCAAGUCGGACGAUGAGAUGAUUGCGGCCGAGGGUGUGGCGGCCAUGAGUGUGUCAGAGUUGCAGGCAGCGUGCCGCAUUCGUGGGAUGAGGUCUCUCGGUCUUACUACAGAUCAGCUUCGUGAGCAGAUGCAGCAG